GUUGCUCAGCAUCUUCUGUCCACUUGCGAGUAGCCGUCCCGUCCGAACCCUUCAAACUGCUCGACAUCUUCUGUCCGACAAUCAGCUCAGGACUUCCUGUUUCGAGCUCCCCUGCGACGAGCCGUCCCGCCGAGCUCCAGUCUUCUCCACCUUAUUCGGUUUCGUCCGAGCCCCUCUGUCUGCUCGGGCUCCCCUCUGGUCGUCGUCUCCAACCUUAUUCAUGGCACAUACAGAAAAAAUACAGAUCAAACUUCCAUGAAGAUGCAUCUCUGACAAGCGGAAUGCGGUUUUUUCGACUCACACACUACAGAUGGUGGUUUCGGGUGAGCCUUUACACACUCUUCGUUCUUGCUGGCCAAUGCGCAGCCACUCUUUUGGGGAGAUUAUACUAUGACAAAGGUGGAAACAGCAAAUGGAUGGCAACAUUUGUUCAAUCUGCAGGCUUCCCAAUUCUGCUUCCCUUAUUCUGUUUCUUCCCGCCCCUCGAAUUGCCCACAACUUCUGCCCCCACCAAUAAUUACUCUGCGAAACCGCCCACCAUCUCCACCCUCAUUGGUCUUUACCUUGGCUUAGGCCUACUCUUGGCCGGUGACAACAUGAUGUACUCCUACGGGCUCUUAUACCUUCCUGUCUCUACCUACUCCCUACUUUGUGCAACUCAACUGGCCUUCAAUGCCCUCUUUUCAUUCUUCCUCAAUUCACAAAAGUUCUCCCCUUUCAUCCUCAACUCUCUAGUCCUUCUCACCAUGUCAGCCUUGCUUCUCGCCGUUCAUGGGGAUUCGGAGAACACAACCGAGGUUUCUAAAGCGAAAUAUUGGGUUGGAUUCCUAUGCACUCUUGGUGCUUCAGCGACAUACUUCUUGUGCCUUUCCCUAGUGCAGCUAUCCUUUCAGAAGGUUAUAAAAAGAGAGACCUUCUCUGCUGUCCUGGAAAUGCAAACACACCCAUCAUUUGUUGCGACUUGUGUAUGCGUGGUGGGACUUUUCACAAGCAGAGAAUGGAAAGAUUUGGGUAAAGAGAUGAGAGAAUAUAAAGAGGGCAGGGUGUCCUAUGUGAUGACGCUGUUUUGGACAGCAGUGACAUGGCAAAUUUCGUCGAUCGGACUGAUGGGGUUGGUUUUUGAGGUGUCUUCUCUCUUCUCCAAUGUGAUCAGUACCGUGUCAUUGCCUCUGAUCCCAAUUCUUGCAGCACUAUUUUUCCAUGAUAAAGUCGAUGGAAUGAAGGUGAUGGCCAUGGUGUUGGCAAUAUGGGGCUCUGUGUCCUACAUCUAUCAGCAUUAUCUAGAUGACUCCAUAACAACAAAAAACACUCGGAAUGAGGCUUCCAGAGCUACCUCAGAGGUUUGUUAACUUGAUGAGAAGUGGGUUUGUAUGCAAAAUUUAAGGAUUUUAAUUGACAAUAAUAUCUGAAGAAAAAGAUAAAUUUGGGAUUUCUAUGCACUUUUGGUAAAAAAAAUAUAUUAAUUUUUUAAGUCAUUUGUAGAAUUUUAAGCUAUUUUGUUUCUAGUUCCCUUUUCACCUUUGGAAGAAAUACUAGCUUCAAUUGUCCAGAUCAAUUGAAUUUAAAAAAAAAAACAAUAUGUUUAAAAAGGGCAGUUAAAUUUUCUUGCAAAAACAAGGAGCUAGGAACCACGAGGGCUGUAAUAUCUCACCGUUUCUCAAGCUCUUCAGUUUGCAGUGUGGUAUGCAAGCACAAACCCAUCUCCAGUAGCAAGUAAAUGAUAAAAAAAUUGAGCAAGUUUUAGGUUUGCGGUUUUUGAAUCCAUGAGGAAACACGCAUGAUGCAUGGAGAACACAAUUUGAAAUCAUUUAAUUAGUUUAAAAUGAAUUAAUUUUAAUUUUAAUUUUAAGUUUUUGGUUUAUUUUGCAAUUUAAUUAAAACAUACGCCUGAGAAAUUUGAGAAAUUGCACUAAUUCUAACUCAACUGAAGAAAAUUAUUUCUAUUCUCAGUUUUUCAUUUAUUUUUGAAAAUUUGAAAAAUAAGCAUUUUAGGGAUUUAUUAUUGAAAAUUAAUUUUGAAUUUUUGGACUAAAAUAGGUCAUUAUUUCUAAGUUAAAUGAGAUGGGUCUUGAUGAAGACCUCAAUGCCCUCAUUCCUCAACUUAUGACUUGUUUGGCACGCAAAAGAUAAAAUAAAUGGAAUGGGAUUGAUCUUUGCACUUUUACAUGUUUGUUAUAUUAUUUGACUUUUCAUUCCAUCACUACAUACCAAACAUAGAGUUACAGUAGUUCAUCAAAGAAAGCAAAAUGACUCUUUCACUUGGCUAGUUUAUGAUGCAUGUCUUAUUAUUAUUUUUUAUUUCCAAUACUACAAUUGAUCCUAGUCAAAAGGCUGAGGAAGGUGUGCUUGUACAAGUCAUUUGGUACUCUGCUUUCUGUCCAUUACCCAACUGAUGUGGGACUGAAGCAGCUAUAAAUGAAACAAUCCAUGUCAAGCCAAGAAUUGAGAAAGAUGUAUCUGUUUUGGCCACCAAUUUUGACCAUAUAUAUAUAUAUAUGACACCAAUUGGGAAUGAAAUGUGUCAAAACAUGGUGCAAUGAAGUCAAUUCUGCUGAAAUUCAAGCUAGUUGGAUUCUUCAUCCAAGUUGUCUUCUUUCCUUCUCUCUCUCUCUCUCUCUCUAUAUAUAUAUAUAUAUAUAUAACACCAUUACUUGGAUCUGGUUAUAAUUCUCAGCAAGUCAGCAUCUUCAUGGAUGCUGUUCAAGACCUGCAACUGCAAACAAGAGGUUAUCCACUAAACUUGCUAAUUAUUUUUGUUUUUCUAAUUUAGCCCCUUUUUUUGUUUUUGAUUGUUCUGUUUUUAUAGAGUUUUUUUUGAGUAUUCAUCAUCAUCAUCGUCUUCUUCAUGCAUAUACUCUGGUUUAGAAGUAAGAUUUAAUUAAACUCUAUCACCUCAGCUGAUGAGUAAUUAAUGAAAAUUAUACACUAUACCAUGUCCUAUUCAAUUUAAUGGAAGAAUUGCCUGUAUUUUCUUCAAAUUUCACAAUCCACAGCAUCCAACUUUUAAUUUCGCACAUGGGCAGAGCAAUCCAAGAAGAAAAGUCAAAAGUACGCACAUGCUUGGCAGUAAACUGCCAGUUUGAUAUAUUGACCUGAUAAAUUGCUUUAAAUUCUUGGCUAUUAUAUGCUUUCUGCUUGAGCUUUCAAACUGCUUCUCUUGAUUUCAAAAACAAAAAUGAUUUUUGCUACUGCUUUAGAAGUCAAGCCGACCUAACCUUCAUUUUCUGCUACUGGUAGAUUGUUAUAGUUGAGUAAAGUUUCAAAUAAUUAAAGCCCAGAAGCUAAUCUUCCAAAUGUUCCAAUUUCAACCUUAAGAAAUUUGUGUCUUACUAUCACUUUCAAGGGAUCGCAAGUUAAAUCCCACCAGCAAUGCAUAGUUUCACUCCAUGCUGCCAUUACAUUACUAUAAAAAGGUAUUCUCGUGUGUUUUGUUAUUUCUUUUCCUAACUAUCCAUAUAUGCUUGUUUUCUUUUCUCCAUCAAAUAUAGAGGAUCAAAUUUUCAUGAAGAUACCUCCAUGAUGAACCAAACACGAUUUCCUCGUCUCGUACACUACAAAUGGUGGAUUCGGGUGGGCCUUUACACCGUCUUCCUUCUUGCCGGCCAAUGCACAGCCACUCUUUUGGGGAGAUUAUACUAUGACAAAGGUGGAAACAGCAAAUGGAUGGCAACACUUGUUCAAUCUGCAGGCUUCCCACUUCUGCUUCCAUUUUUCUGUUUCUUCUUGCCCCGGGAAUUGCCCACCCCUGCCUCCUCCACUGACACUUCAUCCAUGAAACCGCCCCCCAUUUCCUCCCUUACUGGUCUCUACCUCGCCUUAGGCCUACUCUUGGCUGGUGACAACAUGAUGUACUCCUAUGGACUCUUAUACCUUCCGGUCUCUACCUACUCCCUCCUCUGUGCGACUCAACUAGCCUUCAAUGCUCUCUUUUCAUUCUUCCUCAAUUCCCAAAAGUUCACGCCUUUCAUCCUCAACUCUCUAGUCCUUCUCACCAUAUCACCCUCCCUUCUUGCCAUUCAUGGGGACUCAGACAACCCUACCGGAGUUUCAAAAGGGAAAUAUGUGAUCGGAUUCCUAUGCACUCUUGGUGCCUCAGCAGCAUACUCCUUGUACCUUUCCCUAGUGCAGCUAUCCUUUCAGAAGAUCAUAAAAAGAGAGACCUUCUCUGCUGUCCUGGAAAUGCAAACACACCCAUCAUUCGUUGCGACUUGCGUAUGUGUGGUUGGACUUUUCGCGAGUGGAGAAUGGAAGGAUUUGGGGAAAGAGAUGAGAGAAUAUAGGGAGGGCAGGGUGUCCUAUGUGAUGACUCUGUUUUGGACGGCGGCAACAUGGCAAAUUUCAUCGAUUGGGAUGCUGGGGUUGGUUUUCGAGGUGUCUUCUCUCUUCUCUAAUGUGAUCAGUACCUUGGCAUUGCCUUUGGUCCCAAUUCUUGCAGUAGUAUUUUUCCAUGAUAAGAUGGAUGGGGUGAAGGUGGUGGCCAUGGUGUUGGCAAUCUGGGGCUUCCUGUCCUACAUCUAUCAGCAUUAUCUAGAUGACUCCAAGGCAACAAAGAACACUGGGAAUGAGGCUUCUGCUGCUACCUUGGAGGUCUGUUAACUUGAAUUGACAUUAAUAUCUGAAGAAAAAGAUAUAUUUGGGACUUAGGAGUGAACUUAUAUACAGUUUUGGUUGGAGAAUUGCUAUUUGGUUUCUAAGGCUUCUAAUGCCCCUUUCACCUCUCUCUCUCUUUCUCUCUUGAAGGAAAAGAAACACAGGCACAUUGCUUGUUUUUUAGUUCAA